AUGUCGUUCAUUAGAGCACGCAGCAUUGCUCAGCUGCGAGCAGCGCGCCUCGUUCACCCUGUCAAUGCUCGCUUUUUCUCAACCCCCACCGACUCCUCAGUGAAAACAAGCCCUUCCGAUGCUCCGACCACGCCACCAAAGGAGAGCUCCCUGAUCAGACAGGAGGGACCUAGCGAGGCAAUGGCUCGUCAUCAGCCAGAUUACAAUGCCACCAUUGACCACGGCACCUCAACCUUCUCUCCAGUUCCGAAGCGGGUUAUGGAUGGCAGUGAACCAGGAGAUGUUGUAGCUGCUGCCGUCCUGUCUGGCGCACCAACCGACUUGCAGGCACGAACUGUUAGAAUUUACCAACCGGCGAAGCCCGCAACCCAGUCUGGCACUUGGCACAGUCACAACUGGCGAAUGGAUUGGGAUAUCCUACAAAAGGGUCAUCGAUGGGAAAACCCGCUUAUGGGCUGGCAAUCCUCUGCUGAUUGCAUGCAGGGUACUAAUUUGAACUUCAAGUCCAAGGAGGAUGCGAUCCUUUUCGCCCAGAAGCAAGGUUAUGAAUACUUUGUUCAAGAGCCUAAUGAGCGCAAGUUCGUUCCAAAGGCAUACGCUAACAACUUUGUGCACGAGCCUAAGAAGCUCAAACAUAUCAGGACGAAAUAA